ACGUCUCGCCUCGCCUAGCCUAAACGAAAACGCCUCGAGGCUCGAUUCCGUUUUUUAAAACCUUGCUUGCACCCGACGGUGGCUUACGACUCGGUAUUCUUCCUCGAAUCUCAUCCAGGUUUUGGUUUAACCCAAGAAAGAACUUGUAGAUUCGUUCUUUAUCUUGGAUCUCUGUGUAUUGUUUUUGGUCAAGGGCAUAACUCCACAAUACGUCAUCGACGAAGUCUAAUUGUUGCCAAUAGUGAAUCUGCAGGUUGAAGUGUUUUGUGACGGUUCGUUCUUCUAGCAUAGACCAUACGGUACUUCUUUGAUUUCAAAGAUUGCUAAAGGCGUUAUCUUUGUUGGAGUAUGUCUCGGGCUACUUCCUGUAUCUCCUUGGCUAUCUUGUAGUGCAUGAAAUUCUCACCAGUUCCAUUCAUCCUUGAGAUCAAGAGCAAUGACAUUGCCAUGUUGUUCUCUGUCUUCCGUGUUUGAUAGUUCAAACUAUCUUCUGUUGGUGUUGGGGCUUCUGGUGGUCUUCUUUCGCUUUACUGCUUACGAAGAUCAUCACAGAGUGCGACCAUUGAUUGGAAUUGUGGCCGGUGAUUGGGAUAAUCCUGCCUUCCAUUAGAAUGGGUUUUGUGUUAGACAUCGGAGAUUGUCUCUUAGUUGUGCCGUAAGAGUCGCUUUGAGUUUCACUCAACAUGGUUUUCUUAGUGUAUUUAGUCGUUGAUCGCGGAUGACUUGAGGACGAAGAGUCGGAUCCAGACAGCUUUGAUCACAUAUAGAAAUUAUGAACAAGGGAAAGUAGUUUCUCACUUUAUUUUCAUUCAUCAAAGCAUAAAGGGGCAACUGUAUACAAGAGUAGAACUACCGGUCCUUUAUUCUAGGAAAUUGUAAACAACUUUAUCCUACUAACAAAGGGAUAAGAUUUUCCACAUAACGUAAUGGUAAUUUUUUGGUGUUCUUGACCUUGUUUGAAAUGCUAUGUAGGGGCGAGGCUUGGAGCCGCUUGUAAAGUGAUCCAUUUGUCACACUAAGUCGUGGGUUUAGUCAUGGAAACAUGCUUUUCAGAAAAAGUGUGGCAAAUGCUUUUAUGAAGAUUUCCCUCGCUAAGCCCAUGCAAAGCUGAUGAGUUUGGUACACUAGGGUCAUCUGUUGGGAAAUGAGGACGACAGGACCUCAGGCAUGGACAAGCGCAGGGAGGGACAAGCCUUGACCAAACGCAGAGAAAAGAAACUCAACCAAAGACGGUGUGGUAGCAGCCCCCGUACAAAGUGGCAAGCAAUCAGAACAGCAAGAGACAAAUACAAUACAAACUGAAAAAAGAUCUAAGAGCAGUCACCUGUUGUAGACUGCUCUUUGUACUUCUAGGCCUGAUCUCUAGUUUUGGGUUUUGAUAUUCUUGAUAUUGGGAGUUUGAGUUGUAACUUAACCUGAUAUCGUAUGAUUUUCUUCUUACUAAGCGUCCAAGUUUUUUUUUCCCCGAGUAAAACUGGAUGUUGGGAAUUUUAGUUAUCGUUGAAGCUGUCUACCAGAUUUUGUUAGUUCUAAUAGAACAAUGAUUUGUCACAGUAACAGCCUCUCUUAGAGGCAAGGUUUGCGUACAUCCUACCCCCAGAUCCUAACUCCAGAUCCUAACUCUGUGUGGGAUAUGCUUGGUUCUUUUAGGUUUAAUUGAACUUGAUUCACAUAUUUUUAUUUUCAUUUUUUUACAUGAUACCAUAUUUUCGUGCGGUAGUUGUGAAUGUGUACAGGUAAUAAUUGUGUGACUAUUGCACUUGUCAUGUAGGGACAUGUCUUGCGUAAUAAUUGUUUGCUUGUAUUCAUCUUUGCAGGGAGGUCCAACAUAGAAAUGUCGUUCGUUUUAUUGGUGCUUGCACAAAACAACCUCACCUGUGCAUAAUAACAGAAUACAUGCCUGGAGGCAGCCUAUAUGAAUAUUUGCAUAAGAACCAUCGCACCUUGACGCUUCCCCAGUUGGUGCAGUUUGCGAUAGAUGUUUGUAGAGGAAUGGAGUACUUGCAUAAGAGCAAUAUCAUUCAUAGGGAUCUGAAGACUGCAAACUUGCUUAUGGACAGUCAUAAUGUUGUAAAGGUGGCUGAUUUUGGGUUAGCUCGCUUUCAGAAUCAAGAGGGAGUUAUGACAGCAGAGACAGGAACAUAUAGAUGGAUGGCUCCCGAGGUUAUAAAUCAUCAACCAUAUGAUCAGAAAGCCGAUGUUUUCAGUUUCGCGAUUGUUCUGUGGGAGCUUGUGACAGCCAAGAUUCCUUAUGAUAACAUGACACCGUUGCAAGCAGCCUUGGGAGUAAGACAGGGGCGUCGGCCAGAUCUUCCCACAAAUACACACCCAAAGCUGUUGGAGUUGAUGCAAAGAUGUUGGGAAACUGUUCCUGGCAACCGUCCUUCUUUCUCUGAAAUCAAACUUGAACUCGAAAGAUUACUCCAGGAGAUUCAGGGGAAAGCAGAUGAGGAGUAGAGGAAAUUGGAGACGUUAAUAGUUAGAAGUGUAGUAGAUGAUGAUAGCAGCAGCAGCAGCAGGGAAUACGAGUGUACAGAGGUAGGUGCCCUGUCGAGAAAGCUUGUAAUAGAAUGAUAGUAGUAAUGAUUGAUAAUACAAUACUCGAAUACCUUUUCCUAUAAACUAAAUAUUAUAAUGAAUGGGUAUAGUUUUGGAGCUUCAUUUGAUGUUUACAUCUUCAUCCUAAUGUUUUGAGAACCUGUAUAUUGUAUUCAUUUGAAA